AUGCUGCCUCCAAAGCCCUUGUCUGCUACCAAACCUAAGAAGUUCUGGGCCCCAAAUCUGUAUGAGCUAGACAGUGACUUGACUAAGGAGCCGGAUGCCAUCAUAGGAGAAGGCCCAACUGACUCUGAAUUCUUUCAUCAGAGGUUUCGGAACUUACUCUAUGUGGAAUUUGUUGGGCCUCGGAAGACACUGAUCAAACUCCGAAACCUCUGCCUCGAUUGGUUGCAGCCGGAGACUCGCACCAAGGAGGAGAUCAUCGAGCUCUUAGUCCUUGAGCAGUACCUGACCAUCAUCCCUGAAAAGCUUAAGCCUUGGGUGCGAGCAAAAAAGCCAGAGAACUGUGAGAAACUUGUCACUCUGCUGGAGAAUUACAAGGAGAUGUACCAGCCAGAAGACGACAACAACAGCGACAUACCCAGUGACGACGACAUGAGCCGAAAUGGAGGAGAAACCCCACCACCUCGCUCGGAGCACUCUUUCAGCAGUGACAGGGACUGGAACAGGAGGGGCAGAAGCAGAAAUAUAGAACCUCGAGACCGCUGGUCAUACCCCAGGAAUCCUAGAAGCAGGCUGCUUCAGCGGGAUCUUUCCCUUCCUGUGAUGGCGAAAACAAGUUUUGAAAUGGAGAGAGAAGACGACAGGGACUUGAUGGAUUAUGAGCCCCCAUCCCAGGAUGUUGAGUCAUACCAGAAUGUCAUGGACCUUAACGAGGACAGGAAACCUCAGAAUCCAAUCCAGGAUAACAUGGAGAACUACCGAAAGCUGCUGUCUCUGGGGGUGCAGCUUGCUGAAGAUGAUGGCCACUCCCACAUGACGCAAGGCCACUCCUCAAGGUCCAAGAGAAGUGCCUACCCAAGCACCAGUCGAGGCCUGAAAACUAUUCCUGAAGCCAAAAAAUCAACCCACCGGCGUGGAAUUUGUGAAGAUGAAUCUUCCCAUGGGGUGAUAAUGGAGAAAUUCAUCAAGGACGUGUCACGAGCCUCCAAAUCAGGAAGAGCAAGAGAGUCAACUGAUCAUCCACAGAGGUUCCCCAGGAUGUCAGAUGAAAGCUGGAAGGAUGUUUCCUUCACCAAAAGGGAAUCAGUGAUUCAGGAGAGGGGUUAUGAAGGGAAUGCAUUUAGGGGAGGUUUUAGGUUUAACUCAGACCUUGUGUCUAGAAGGAGAGUUCUUGAAAGAAAAAGGCGCUAUCAUUUUGACACGGAUGGGAAGGGCUCGACUUGGGAUCAGAGGGCCAGGAAGAAGCCCUUUGAAUGUGGUAGUGAGAUGAGAAAAGCUCUGAGCAUGAGCAGCCUGAGCAGCAUCAGCUCCUCGUCCUUCUCCGGGUCGCAACCGGUUGACUUUGGAGCGAUGCCGUAUGUGUGUGAUGAGUGUGGGAGGUCAUUCAGCGUCAUCUCAGAGUUUGUUGAACACCAGAUCAUGCACACUAGAGAGAACCUAUAUGAGUAUGGUGAAUCCUUUAUUCACAGUGUGGCUGUCAGUGAGGUUCAGAAAAGCCAGGCUGGAGGGAAACGCUUUGAGUGUAAGGAAUGUGGGGAAACUUUCAAUAAGAGCGCCACUCUGGCUGAGCACCGGAAAAUUCAUGCUAGAGAGUAUCUCGCAGAAAGUAACGAUCAGGAAUAUGAGGAGGCCUUUAUGCCUAGCCCAACCUUCAGUGAGCUUCAGAAGAUCUAUGGCAAAGACAAAUUCUAUGAGUGCAAAGUGUGUAAGGAAACCUUCCUUCAUAGCUCUGCCUUAAUUGAGCAUCAGAAAACCCAUGGUAGAGGGAACUUCAGUGAUGACAAAGAUAAUGAGCGUGAGCGCCAGCGUGAGCAUGAGCGUGGAGAAGCCUUUAUGCCCAGCUCAGCCUUUAUUGAGUUUCAGAAAAUGUAUGGUAAAGAGAAAAUCUAUGAAUGUAAAGUGUGUGGGGAGACCUUCCUUCAUAGCUCUUCUCUGAGAGAACAUCAGAAAAUCCAUACUAGAGGAAACCCAUUUGAAAACAAGGGUAAAAUAUGUGAGGAAACCUUUAUUCCUGGUCAGUCUUUUAAAAGGCGUCAGAAAACUUACGCUAAGGAGAAGCUGUAUGACUUUAAAGAUGGCAGGGAUGCCUUUCUGAGCUCAGACCUCAGUGAGCAUCAGAAAAUUCAUUCUCGAAAGAACCUUUUUGAAAGCAGAGGGUAUGAGAAACCUGUCAUUCAUAACAUGCCAUUCACAGAAUCUCAGAAGAGCCAUACUAUAACAAGACCACCUGAAAAUGAAGAGGAGGAGAAGGCAUUCACCAUCAGCUCUAACCCCAGUGGGAACCAGAAAUUUCCCCUGAGAGAAAAUGUCUAUGAGAGGAAACCAUAUGAGAGGUCGGUUAUUCAUAGCUUAGCCUCUACGGCAGCUCAGAGAAGCUACAUUGCAGUGGGGCCCAGUAAACUGAAAGUGAUUGCAGAGUCUACCAUUCAGAGCUCAAAUGUUAUCAGCUAUCAGAAAAUCCGCUCUGGAGGGAACAGCUAUGAAGGAAAAGAAUACAAGAGAUCUGUAAUCCAUAGCUUGGCUGCUCCCAGGCCUCUGAAACGUCACAUUCUAAAUGAUCUGGGUGGAUGUGAUGAGAGAGGAGAAUCUUCCAUUUAUAUCUCAGAUCUUAGUAAUAAGCGACAGAAGAUUGCUGCCAGAGAGAACCUUUAUGAAAAUGAUGUGAAUAACAGUCAUGAGGACUCUGCUUUACAAAGUGUAUCCUAUGUCAGACCUCAAAAAAGCCUUGCUGGAGAGGGACCUAGUGAAUUGAAACAGGAUGGCGAAUUUUCUGUCCCAAGCUCAAGUGUCCGCCAACACCAGAAAGCUCGUGCUAAAAAGAAGUACAUUGAGCAUAGGAGCAAUGAGACCUCUGUAAUUCAUUCCCUACCUUUUGGGGAACUGCAGCGGAUUCACCCUAGAGAGAAGCUCUAUGAGUGUCAGGAGUGUGGUGAGUCCUUUGCUCGUAUCUCUGACCUCACUGAGCACCAGAAGAUUCACGAUAGAGAGAAGCCCUCUGGAAGCAAAAACUACGAACGGUCUGUCAUUCGCAGCUCGGCCCCUACCGAUCCUCAGACAAGUUAUGCCCAAGAGCAAUAUGCUGAAGAACAAGCACGCAGUGAAUUUAAGUUCAGGCAAUGCUUUACUAACAGCAACAACCUUAGUACACAUCAGAAAAUCUAUGCUCAAGAGAAGUCCCAUGGUGAGGAGACACCUGGUGAGGAGACCCGUGGCCAGGAGACUCCUGGCGAGGAGACCCACAGCGAGAAGACAGUUGAAGAUGCUGUCAUUCAGGGUUCAGACUUGGAUGAGCCUCAGAAGGAUGACCCUGACAACACAAUCUAUGAAUGUCAGGACUGUGGGCUGGGCUUUGUGGAUCUCACAGACCUCACUGACCAUCAGAACGUCCACAGCACAAACACAAAAUGUCUCGUUGACAGUCGUGAGUACACGCAUUCUGUAAUUCACACCCAUUCCAUCAGUGAAUAUCAGAGAGAGUACACAGGAGAACAGCUCUACGAGUGCCCAAAAUGUGGAGAAUCUUUUAUUCAUAGCUCAUUCCUUUUUGAGCAUCAGAGAGUCCAUGAGCAAGACCAGUUGUAUGCCCUAAAGGGAUGUGAUGAUGGUUUUAUUUCUCUCUUGCCUGUGAAGCCACGAAGGAAUCGAGCUGCAGAGAGGAAUCCCGCUCUUGCUGGGUCAGCCAUUCGAUGCCUUCAGUGUGGACAAGGCUUCAUUCAUAGCUCUGCCCUUAAUGAGCAUAUGAGACUGCAUAGGGAGGAUGAGUUACUGGAGCAGAGCGAGAUGGCUGAGGAAGCCAUCAUGUCAGGCCUAGCCCUCACAGAGUUUCAGGGAAGUGAAAGUGAAGAGAAGCUCUUUGAAUGUACAAUAUGUGGAGAAUGCUUCUGCACUGCCUCAGAACUUGGGGAUCAUCACACAAGGGUUCAUAAAGAUGAGCCUUACGAUUAUGGGCCCUCCUUCACUCAUACCUCAUUCCUCACUGAGCCGCUCAAAGGAGCUAUACCGUUCUAUGAAUGCAAAGAUUGCGGGAAGUCCUUCGUUCAUAGCACAAUCCUCACUAAACACAAGGAGCUUCAUCCUGAGGAAGAUGACGAUGACGAUGAUGACGACAGUGCCCAGGCAGUUGAAGCUAAUGUCAUCGUUCCACAAGAAGUUCUGCGGAUCCAGGGGUCAAAUGUAGAGGCUGCGGAGCCGGAGGUGGAGGCGGCGGAGCCGGAAGUGGAGGCUGCUGAGCCAGAGGUGGAGGCUGCUGAGCCAAAUGGAGAAGCUGAGGGGCCAGAUGGAGAAGCUGCAGAGCCAAAUGGAGAGGCUGAGCAGCCAGAUGGAGAGGCUGGAGAGGCUGAACAACCCGAGGGAGAUGCUGACGAGCCAGACGGGGCAGGGAUUGAAGACCCAGAAGAAAGAGUCGAGGAGCCAGAGGGGGAUGCUGAUGAGCCUGAUGGUGCAGGGGUUGAAGACCCGGAAGAGGAAGGUGAAGAUCAAGAGAUUGAGAUUGAAGAACCGUACUACAACUGCCAGGAGUGCACAGAAACCUUUACUUCCAGUGCGGCAUUUGGUGAGCACCUGAAAACUCACGCCAGCGUGAUUGUAUUUGAGCCUGCAAAUGCCUUUGGAGAGUGCUCUGGCUACAUUGAGCGCGCCAGUGCCAGCACCAGCACCAGCACCAGCACCAGCGCAGGUGGGGCUGAGCAGGCUGACGAGAAGUACUUCAAAUGUGAUGUCUGUGGGCAGCUCUUCAAUGACCGCCUGUCCCUUGCUAGACACCAGAACACUCACACUGGCUGAGUGUGAAGGCUGGAAAACCUUCACCUAGAACUUGAACCUUAUCACACCACAGAGUAUAUUGAGACCAACCUAUAAUAACCUCAGUAUGAAACUUACCUUAGUAUAGAGAUGACUGACUUAACAUCAGAUAACUCAGCCUGAAAAAUGACUGUGGAGACUUUCAAUCUUAGCUCUCCCCAAUCAGACAUCAGCA